GAUCAACAGGCGCAGCUGCAAUUUUCAUAAACAAGUGAAAAGAAGCUGUUACUUUGGAACAUCUGCGAAACAAUGUCAUCAACAAGUGCUUAUCUGGAAGGUCUCAUCGACGAAUGCGGUGGAUUUUCAAAAUUCCAAUUCAUGCUUUUUUCCGUCGUUAUGAUAAGCAAGUUGAGCCCAACGUGGAGCAUGUUGAUGAUGACAUUUGCUGGAGCAGUUCCCGAUUGGUAUUGCAUGUAUGAGACCUCAAACAGGACUUUUGCGAAUAUAUCAAGUGUAUUCAGGACUUCGUUGAACGACGCAGACUUCUUGAACAGUUCUUUUCAGCAAUGUCAACCGCCAGCAAAUGCUACUGCAGACAAAUGUAUGGAAUUUCGUUUCGAAGACAACAUGAAUACUGUGGUGAAUGAGUGGACAUUGGUAUGCGACAAAGACUCAAUUACCUCGACCAUCAUCACGAUACAGAUGGCCGGACUGCUGAUCAGUGGGGUGACCGCUGGUCAUAUGGCUGAUAUCAUUGGCCGAAAACCAACCUUCUUUUUAUCUCUAGUGAUAAUGAUAAUUUUAAACGUUUGUGAGGGGUUUUCUGUUUCCUGGGAAAUGUUCGCCAUCCUCCGUUUCUUUCUUGGAUUCGGUAUAGGCUGCUAUUUGACAGUGUUUUACAAUUUCCUGAUUGAAUUUACUCCCGCCAAGUUUCGUCCGAUGGUUGUAGCAAUCCCGUCGUGGGCUCUCUGCGCAUGCGUAUUUGGAUUUGUUUCAAUGUGGCUUCAUGACUGGAAGUACCUCCAUUUCGCUACAGCUAUUCUUACAGCACCAUGGCUGCUUACCUGGUGGGUAAUUCCAGAGAGUUUCCGAUAUCUCGUAUCCCAUAACCGUAUAGACGAGGCCGAGGACUGUAUUCGGCGAAUGGCGCGUUUUAAUGGCCGCCCUGUUCCUGAUCUAAAGCGGCUGCGCUUUCUGGCAGAGGAAGACAUGAAUGCUGAUGAAAAGAAAUACACGAUAAAAGAUUUGGUGAUGGACCGCACCUUAUUAAAACAUUCACUUCUAUUGGGCGUUGGAUGGUUCUCGUGUGGGUAUGGUUACUACGCCAUAUCGUUUGGAGUACAAAGUCUGUCCGGCAAUUUAUACCUGAAUAUGUUCCUGCUCAGUGCAGUAGAAGUUCCGGCUCAGAUGUCAAAUUACUUUUUAACAAACAAGUUUGGUCGCAAAAGAACGACAUCGGGGUUAUUACUACUAGGAGGACUGUCCGGUUUGGUUGUGGCAGCUGCAGAGAUUAGUGACCUGGAUAUAAAAGACCAACUGAUCAAUGGAUUUGCGUUGGCGGCUAAGCUAUGUGUUGCAUCAGGUUGGGCCUCCCUUAUGUUACUGACUACAGAAACCUACCCCACUGUUGUAAGGAACAUCGGAUUUGGACUUCAUAAUUCUAUUUCACGUGUGGGAGCAAUGAUUGCACCAAAGAUUGUUUAUCUGAACACGUACACACCAGGACUGAUGUACUUCCUAUUUGGAGGUGUAAUGAUCACUUCCGCAUUGUGCAUCUUGCUAGUUCUGGAAACAAAAGGAAAGCAUAUGCAGGACCUUAUAAAAAAAGAUACGGAAAAAGGAAAUACAGCUCCAAAUAAUGAACUACCGUCCAUUGACAAAAUGGUUUCCGACAAUAUGAAAGACCAAAACAAAUGCGAAUUAUGAUGUAAAAUUUAAGUUCCUUGUUGCAGUUUCCAAGAAUUACCGUCUCGGGUUCACGUUUAGUCGUUUUAGGUUAUAAUUUAAAAACAAAUCUUUACCAACACUUUUACACACCGUCUGUUUGGCGUGUAGAGUAUUACACCAGUGUGUUGGUAAUCGUGGGUCCGACUUCAGAUCAGGACUACAGUAAAAGUGAAAAGUGGAAAUUUUACGCGGCGUGGAAAUGUUCCCUUUAUACGCAUUGAGUGAAAAAAUCCACACGCGAAUAUUUACUUUUAGAUUAUAGAUACAUUGAAUUUAUAUAUUCAGAACUGUUUCCAACGCGAAAUUGUUUAGAACGCGAUCAGUUUAAAGGGUCCAAUGAGAAUACUUCCACAAGCGAGCGUAAUUAUUUAGUUUGGGCAAACUUUUGUAAAUGUAUGCGUUGCAUGUUCAA